AUGACAUCCUCCGAUGAUGAUUAUGGUCAAGUAUCGAAUAAUAAUACCGCGAACAACAUCAGCAAUCGACGUAUAAAUAGCAAUAGUAACAACCCUUACUCAGCUGGAUCUAAUAUCGAGAUUCGUUUAUUAAUGACUUCUCGUGAUGCUGGAGCCGUUAUUGGCAAAAGUGGUGUGGCAAUACAAAAACUUCGUGCUGAUCAUUCGCGUAUUAUUAUCCAAGUACCUGACUGUGCUUCUCCAGAGCGUGUGUUGAUAUUGAGUGGCGAAGAAGAGCAAUGCUUCGAUGCAUUGUAUCAAAUCAUUCCAUGUUUAACUGAUAGCGCUCGUCUUUCAGCAUUUAAUCGUAAACGUCAAACAGCAUCGGGAAGUGCUUCUGAUCAGAUACAAUCAAAUAGCAAUAACGAUGAACCGUCAACAGCAGAAAUUCGCAUACUUGUUCAUCAAAUCUAUUGUGGAGCUAUUAUUGGUAAAGGUGGACAACAUAUCAAAGAAUUGCGACAAAGUUAUAAUCUUGAUAUCAAAGUCUUCUCACAAUGCUGUCCAAUGAGUCAUGAAAGAAUCAUUUGUUUACAUGGAAAGUUAGACGAUAUUAUUGAAUGUUUAAAAAAUAUUUAUAAUUUAAUAUCGACAUCGUCUCAACAACCGCGAGGCUCACCUUUAAUUCAAUAUGAUCCACAUAAUUUCGAUGUUUAUGCUGUGAAUGAAUACGGCGGUUUUGCAAACGCAGCUACUGGUGACAAUCGAUCUGGAUAUAAUUCACGUGGCGCGUAUCCGGCAACUACACCACGAGGUGGUAUGUAUUCUAUUCGACCUUUACCUUCUCUUGUUCAUGUACCUUAUGGCGGUGGAUCAGGUUUAGGUGCUCGAUUUAGCAACACCGCCGUGCUCACUUCGACACGUGUAACAUUGCCGAAUGAACUGGUCGGAGCUGUCAUUGGUCCUCGUGGUGCGAAAAUUCAGCAGAUACGUCAAAGUACCAAUGCGAAUAUAAUUAUCGACGACCAAGCAAUUCCUAGUGGUAACGGUGGUGGUGGGGACAGAAUCAUAACUAUCGAAGGAACACCGGAACAGAUCAGUCGUGCGCAAUCACUUCUUCAACAAGCUGUUCGACAAUCUGGCCUUUGGCGACCAUAA